AUGAAGCUCGUCCGGUUUUUAAUGAAGCUGAACAAUGAAACUGUAUCAAUUGAGCUCAAGAAUGGUACUGUUGUUCAUGGCUCCAUUACAGGUGUUGAUAUCAGUAUGAACACACAUUUGAAAACAGUUAAACUAACUCUUAAAGUGAAAAAUCCAGCGAUUCUGGAUCAUCUCAGUGUGAGGGGUAACAACAUCCGUUACUAUAUUCUUCCUGAUAGCUUGAAUCUUGAGACUUUGCUAGUUGAAGAGACACCUAGGGUCAAGCCCAAGAAGCCAACUGCUGGUGCUGUAUAUAGUCUGACUGCAUUAUUUUCUUUUAAGUGCUAAAUCAAUGCUGCGACUCUGAUCAUUAUACCGCUUAUUUUCUUUUUCUUUUUUCUUUUUGUUUUG